AUGUCAAAACAGCUUCAUGAUUGGAUUAAUAAUAAGGAUAAGCUUAUUAGCGUAACUCUUUACAUUCAAAAGUUAAAUACAGAUAUACAUCUAAAAUUCCUAUACAUUGAAGAUGAGCUUAUAGAAUGGUUCACUGAAGCUAGAGGUCAAUUAAAAACAGUGACUCGAUUUAUAAUUCAAAUUAAAGCAC